AUGGGUGUGUGCGACACCGGCCGCUGCCCGGAAGAGUGCGUGCAGCUCAUGCACGAGCAGGACAGCACUGCGAAGCGCACGCCGCGGGACGGCGUUGCCGGGUCGGCGCACUACGUGGCGCUGGAGCUGGCGACGCUGCUGACGCCGGUGCAUGCGUCGGCGGCGACGAUGAGAGAGGCGGCCUGGGAGACCGCGCUCUCGCCAGCCCCCUCGGCUGAAGAGCACGCCAACGAGCCGCUGAACGACCUUGUCUGGGCGGGGAGCUUGGGGCGCAGCAUGCUCAGCCUCCCCGCCGCGGCUGCCGCCAUCGGCCGGCCCGCCCCUCCCGUCUUGCCUGCCGGCCUCUGCCAGGCCACGCAACCGUCGCGGCACAGCCAGGAGCCGCCGGCCGCGGUGCCGCUUAUCACGUCUACCUACGUCGUCUGCUUUCCCGCGGGGUGCGUGACGUGGUGCCCCGCGAGCACGCUGGGGCUCACCAGCGCCGACCGCCGCGCCGCGGCAGCGGAGGUGCAGUGCGUCAAGUCGUGGGAGCAGCUGCAGACCGCUGUGCUUCGUCGGAUGUGGCACGCGACCCACCUGAGCAGGGGCGCCGCUGCCUUCUCCCCUCACGCACGGUGUGGCGCUGCGCCGGGCGAGCUCUCGGCUCCAUCGAUGAGUGUCGCCUUGACAGAGCCGGUGAUGUGCACGUCCAUAUUCGUGUCGCUUCUGCUCUCCUCCGCCUGUUACGCCUACCUGCCGAACACCGCCAAGUUUUUGGGGGAGGUGGAUGCCAUUGACUCCAUGCUGCCCCUUAUUGAAAUGAAUUGCGAGAGCGACCAGGCGGAUGCCCUGCGCCGCGUACUGUUGCUUCGCCGUCGCCUUGCACUGCACAGGCGACUGCUAUUUCAGAAGAUCUGCCUGCUGGAGGCGCUCGAUCGGCCAGCGAUACACACAGCUGCCGGCUUCAUCCGGUCGCUCAAGUCACCAAUGUGGGUGCCAUGCAGUGCUACUCCCGUGCGUAUUGCUGAGCGCUGCAAGAGUGCGGGAUGGGACUCCGCAUCAGCGGGAGGCGACAGAAGCAAUCACCUGAACGCGAGCUGCACCGAUGUGCCGUGGCGCAGUGGGGCCGGAACGCCGACCGGCGGCGUAGCGAGAAGUAGGCACAGCUCUGAGGGACUCGACGCAAACGACUCGAAUGGCAGACCGUCGCCCGAUAAGUCAAGCAGCGACCACGUGGCCCAGCGAGUCACGUGGGCAGCCCCUUCACUACAGCACCAAAUGGCAGCGGCGCCGUCUCUCAACGCGAUUCACAAAGGCAUCACGAGUGUCCUACACAACCUCGAAGUAGCGCGGACGGUACUCGGGAACACGACGCUCAUCUACACCUCCAAAGUGAAUUUCAGCAACUCCCGCACCAGCGAAACAGCCGACUAUUUCUCGUUGAUCUGUCAGUACGUCCUCAUCGUUGUGCUGCCAUUGAAUAUUGUGGCUUCACACUGGGGCAUGAACUGCCCGGUGCCCUUCAUGGCCGUGGAAGGUACCACACCGUUCUGGGGUAUUGUGGGCGUAUUAGCGUUCAUUGGUGUUACCGGUCUCAUCUUCCCAUUCUACGCUUACAAGACCCGGCGAAUCUACUUGAUUGCAUAA